AUGUGCUUCACUAUCUUCGGGAACUACUUCAACGGUUCCGCUUCAAGAAACCCCACCAUGCGCUUCGGCUCCUUUGAUAUCUUCUCAAACGUUUACGAUUAUGAGGCUCGCAACGACAAACCCCCGCGUUUCAACGAUGCAGGCCAGGCACACAGAAGGGAGGCGCUGGGUCCAACACCGCUAGAUGGGGUACUCCAGUACCAUCUUGAUGUUUACAACCAGUCGCGCGUGCAAGUUAAGAACAAUGUGUUCCUCCAGUACAGCGCUUUCCCGAACAAUAUAUCCUACAUCUUCACGAUCAGCGAAGCAACCCUUUCAAACCGCCCCGCAAAGGUCUGCAUUCGGGAAAUGCCUCCCCGUUUUCCGUCGACUAUGAAUGGGGUCGCGAUAGCCAGCCUGCGCCAGGUCAUGGCCAACACCGUGGACUUUGUCGUGGAUUCUGAGGGGUGCUGUAGAAGGCGCGGUGGUGCUGACUUGCGAUGGAUUUGGGGGUUACAAGUGGCCCAACGUGUUCGAAGGCCCAGGAGAUGUUCUGGAGUAUGUACUCUCUGA